GCUGGAGGGGUGCCACUGUCAUUGCAUUUACACUACACGUGAUAGUUAACCCGUACCCUUUUUUUGCAAAAUCGAAGGCAAAAACGCGAUUGGCAGCGAAAGAAAGAAACGCAAUAGUGUCUCUCAGCUAUGGCGGAGGAGGAAGACGACGACGAGAGCUUCGGUGACUUUACGUUCGCGUCUUUUCCGAAUCAACCAUUCCGUUCAACCUCCAACCACACCAAUCCCCUCGACGACGACGAUUGGGGGGAUUUCGUGAACCAUUCCAACCAGAUCAACGGCGCCGUUUCGAAACCCUUCGACCCGUUCCCCCCUUCCCUGGAUCCUACGGACAAACACGUAAACGACAACAACGGCAUCGUCGUUCAGCCCAAAAAGAAAGGGGCUAUUCCGCUUUCGAUCUUUGGCGUGGAUGAAGAAGAAGGGGAAGAUGAGGAACCUGCUUCUGCCAAUGUUUUUGCCGACAAAAGCAACGGUGCUGCUGUGAAAUCGAGAUCCGAUACGAACGGUUCCGUUGGAAUUAGUGAUUUGAUUUCCACUUUGUAUAGCCAGCACCCUCAGAUGAAUUCUCAGAACGGAUCGAUUUCGAUAUCUAAUGUUGCUGCUCCCAAUUCCAAAGCUGAUGGAUUAACGAACUCGAAUGCAAGCAAAUUGAAUUCGGAUUCGGAUUCGGAUUCGGAGGACGAGGAUGGGUGGGAAUUCAAGUCUGCAGAAUGGGAAACUGGAGUCAUGAGCCAGAAUGUUAAGUCGGAAGUGCCAAAGCAUGGUAAUGGUUCAAUUGGUGUUGGUACUAUGAUGGAUUCAUCCACUGGGAUAUCUGACAAAUCUGGCGGAUGGCACCUGGAGUUUGAGUUUAGUCCAAGUUCUGCGUUGCAAGAUCAUAUUAGCCCACAACAACUGGGUCCAAAAAGUGAAUCGAAUGAAAUUGGAAACAGGUUCGCUAUGUUUCCUCAAAAUUUUGAGGAGCUGAAUUCAGGGUCAGGAUCAAAUCGAAGUUUGGAACCAUUGGAGACAGCUUACAUAUAUCCCACUAAUAUGGAAGGACACAAAUUUGAUGGUGCAGCUCCCCACCACACUAUUGAUUCAUCUCUUGCAUCAGAAUCUCGUCAAUCUGAUGAAUGGGGCUUUGGCUUUAGCUUCAAUUCUGGUUUCCUGGGUGAAGACAAUCAUAGUUCUGAAUCAUACCUCAAUACCAAAAACAACCAGAAUGAUAACAACAAAAACAAUUCUUCCCCAGUCAAUAUGAAUACUGAUUCGGAUGUCAAUUUGUUUGAAUCAAAGGAUGCUGUUACAGAAAUUGGAACAAAACCUGAGAAGCCCCUAAUAAGCUCAGAGAAUCAUAGGGAAGCCUUGCCUCUCUCAAUUUUUGGAGAUGAGAUGCCAGAUACCGAUGAACUUUCUGUGUCUCAAGAUUUGUCUCCCUAUGCACCAACAUCAUCAAUAAGGAAUGGCUUUAAUAGCCCUGGUUCCAACUUAUCUAUCAAUGACUUGAUAUGGAAUUUAUAUAGCCAAGCUGAAAACAAUGUUUCUCCAAAUGUGACACCAAAAGCUAGUGAUAAUCAGAUUCAUGCCUCCCCCAAAGUAGCAGGCUCCAGUUUGGUUACCAGUGGUGAUAAUUUUGAUGAUGACUUGGACUUUAAGGAUGCUUCACCUGGAACCAGAUUUUCCCAUGAAUCUGCACAGAAAAAUCCUUUUAAUCAUGCACCACUAGUCAAUGAGAGUUCUAACACAACAGUUUUAAAUUCUGAUUUGACCAAUCCUGAUGGUGAUUUUGAGGAUGAUUCAUGGGAAUUUAAAGAUGCCAUCUCCGGAACAAGUCAAGAUCAGGCAUCUACUCUUGAUCACCAAGACUUAUCACCAAUUCCGUUAUCAACAAAAUUAGAGCUAAUUGAUUACGUAGAGUUUUAUAGCAAAUUGAAGGAUGAAUUGUGCAAUUACGUCAUGUUCCAUCUACAGAAUAUCAAGAAUGCUCAAAGUGCUGCUGCUCUUUCGGGUGAAGAUGCAAAAGCAAAAGCUCUUCAGGAGGAAAUUCAGGAAUUGUCAAAGACACUGCAUCAGAAUAAUAUGAGUACCCCUAAUGAAUAUCUCUUAGAAGAUUAUUCCCCUAGAAAUGCAUGCUUUGUUGAGCUUCUUGAACUUUUGAAAGAACCUAAGUUUCAACCUCUUGAGUCAGAAUACCAGCUAGCAUCAAGGUUGUCAAUGGUCAACAAGGAUAUUAAAUCUGCUUUGGAACUUUUAGAAAAUACGGCAUCAACUUUAAGAAUUCUCAAGCUGGGAUCAAGAGAAGAACAAUCUAAUUAUCUUACCAUAUGGUCCAAAAUAGCCUUUGUUUGUUCUCAAGAGCUGAAACAUGGUGCUUAUAUUUGGAAGCAAGCUGUACAAAAUGGUGUCAAUAACCAGAUCUUAUCUAACCCAAAAGGUAAGCUACAUUAUUACAUCAUGCCUAAUCUAUGUGCUGCUGAUGUUGGUGAACUUAAGCAGUCUGAAAUACCUCUUCCAUUUCUUGGGUGUUGGUUGACAGGUGUCCAGUAUAUCCAUGCAAUUGGGGAAAUUUAUAGAGUGGCCGAAAUUAUUGGAGCUUCAGCCAAACUUCACAAACCCUGGAUUUUAUCAGGUUCCAUAGAUCCUAAAAGUUUAUUUGCCCCUUUGAAUGAGUGUUAUAGCAUAUGGUUGGCUUCAGGACUUGAAGAAGCUCUUUUCAGUAUAUCAAAUCAGAAUAAUUUUGAGCCAGAUGACAUUUCAAGGGAAUUAGUUGAAUCCAUUAAGUAUAUUCAUGAGCUUGAUGAGCAUGCACUUCAGAGCUAUGUCAUCUCCGGAGAACAAACUACUUGCCAGUUGUCAGCCUUGCCUGCUGGUUUCAUACCAGGGUUAAAUUUGGUGACAUGGAAUGGGAAGCAUUACUUUGUCAAGCUUGCAAACUUGUGGGUCAAUCUAAUAAGUUCAGAUCCUCCCAAGAAGUGAUACGUGCCAGUUCAAUUACGUCUCUUAUAUCAAGCAAACUAUUCCAUUUGAUUUUUCAGCGUGUUGUUUGAGUUCUUAUCUCUCUAAAGAAAAAUCAGUGUGAGGUUGUGGUAGGUCCAUACUUUUGUUAGUGGGGUGAGGCCUCGGGAGCACUGGCAGCAGUGAAAGGAGAUUUUGUGUAUGGGAUGAAAAUCAUCCUAUUGCGUCGGAUUAAGCAAAGUCGAUUUAGUUCAUUCUUUCUUCGAUAGGUUAGCAUUCUUUCAGGGGAAGCUUUAGAACAAUAGCCGGCUGUUGCAGGUGCAAGAUGUAUUACUAGUGAUAACGAAGAACUAUACUACUAUGUAGAGUAGAAUUCUGGAUACGAUCCAGUUAUGCAGAGCGAAUGAUAUUGCGUUGUUAUCAAAUGAUGCUGGUGUUGUAAAGUAACUGGGUUUCUUCCCUUAAAUAUUACACAACAGUUUUUGGCAUGAUUUAGAUUAUGAAUAAUUUUAUUGAAAUUU